AUGAGCAAACUUCUAAUUUUCUUGAUUAUUCCUGCUGUUCUUUCAACAACAACAAUUGAAUCUGACUAUCCUGAAUAUACAACUCAAUCUUCUCAACAACAACAAGAUGUUGAAAAUGGUCCAAGAGGUUUGAGAUUCUCCGAUUUCUCAACAACAAUUCAACCUUCUCAAGAUGCUUCAAUUCUUGGUUAUCAAUUUCUCACCGCAUUUUUGAAUGCAGUAAGAGCAGACGAUUAUUCAAUUUUUGCUCAAAACUUCACUGCUCCAAUUUUUGAUAAAAAUGGAACUGUAAUCGCAGAAGCAUCAAAAGAAGCGUUGUUCCGAGGUUUUCAAGAAGCUCACCAAGAAGGUAGUGUUGAAGAAGUUUUUCCAAGAAACGAAUUGGAAUUUGGCUUGGUCAAUGCGUCUGAUGGAAAUCAAUAUUUGAAAAUUGCAAAAGCUGAAGAUGAGGUUCUUAUCAUCUUUACUGUUCAAGUUUCGAGCGAAAAACAAUUCAGUUUGUUAUCUCUUGAGUUAAUUGGUGUAACUGUUGAUUCUUCAGCUGGAUUAAUUCAAAAACUUAUUUGA